AUUUUGCCACGCGGAUGUUUUCCUCGCGAAAAUUCAAUUAAAAUCGGUAAAAAUGACGGAUUCAAGUCUCGCAAGCGAAACAGAACAGUUAAAACUGAAGGAAGAAGAUGAUGGUUUCGUCGUCAAUCCAUGGGAAGUUACAAGCUCAAGCGAUUCGGGUGUCGAUUAUGACAAACUCAUCAAGCGUUUCGGCAGCUCCAAAAUAGAUGAUGCAAUUAUCGAAAAAUUGGAGAAAAUCACAGGGAAGCCUGUUCAUCACAUGAUUCGACGCGGGAUUUUCUUCAGUCAUCGCGAUUUGUUUCAACUCCUUACGCAAUACGAAGCCGGAAAACCUUUUUAUUUGUACACCGGGCGUGGACCGAGUUCAGGAUCCUUGCAUUUGGGCCAUUUAAUUCCGUUUCUCAUGACAAAAUGGUUGCAAGAGACGUUUAAUGUGCCUCUCGUGAUUCAACUCACGGAUGACGAGAAAACGCUAUGGAAGGACUUGACAGUUGAACAAAGUAUGAAAAUGGCACGAGAAAAUGCAAAAGAUAUCAUCGCUCUCGGCUUCGAUUUGAACAAAACUUUCAUCUUUCACGAUUUUGAUUUUAUGGGACGAUGCCCGGCAUUUUACCAAAACAUCAUUCGCAUCCAAAAAUGUGUGACUUUCAACCAAGCAAAGGGCAUUUUCGGCUUUACCGACUCCGAUCCUAUUGGAAAAAUUGGAUUUCCUGCUGUUCAAGCGGCGCCUUGUCUUUCGACGUGUUUCCCCUUCAUCUUUGGCGAUAAAAAGUUAAAUUGCUUAAUCCCAUGCGCCAUUGAUCAAGAUCCCUAUUUCCGGAUGACACGUGAUGUUUGUCCUCGUUUAGGAUUUCCGAAACCCGCAUUACUUCAUUCGACGUUUUUCCCCGCGUUGCAAGGAGCAAAGUCGAAAAUGUCCGCAAGUGACACGAAUUCGGCAAUUUUCAUGACUGACACACCAAAUCAGAUCAAAAAUAAAAUUAACAAACAUGCAUUUAGCGGAGGGCAGCCGACGUUGGAGGAUCAUCGCGCAAAAGGAGGCAACCCAGAUAUCGAUGUCUCGUUCCAGCUUUUGACAUUUUUCCUCGAAGACGAUGCCCGAUUGGAGGAAAUUCGUGUCGCUUACCGCAAAGGAGAACUUUUGUCGGGCGAAAUGAAGAAAAUUGCAAUUGAAACCUUACAACCGAUUGUCGCGGAACAUCAGGCACGACGAAAACUCGUAACUGACGCUGUGCUCGACGAAUUUCUCGCCUUGCGAAAGUUAACUUGCUAAAAAUUAAUCGAAAUUAAUAUUUAUUACGGAUAAAAAAUAAAGGAAAUGCUUCAAAAACAA